AUGAUGCCAAAGAAAACCAAAGGUUGUCAAAAGAUUGAGAUCGUGAAAAUUACAGAUGAUAAAAGCUUGGCGGUUACCUUUUCAAAACGCCGUUCUGGUAUUUUCAGAAAGUUAAGCGAGCUUGGCACCCUUUGUGGGGCCAAGACUGCAAUCGUUGUAUUCUCCCCAAUUGGAAAGCCAUACUCAUUUGGCCAUCCAGAUGUUGAGACGAUUGUAGACCGCUAUCUGGUGACUUCUCUUUUUGUGGAGUCUCGUCCCAAUGCCAACACCGAAGCACUCACAAGGCAGCCAGCUGACAUGCUUGGUCAUCUGGAAGUUCAGAAAAAGGUUGGCAAAGAGCUUGACGAGAUUAAGAAAGCAAGGGAAAGAAGUUAUUGGUGGGGAGCUCCGAUAGAGACGCUGGGUUUUGAAGAACUUGAGAAAUUGAAGGUGGCAUUGCUGGAAUUGAAGAAGGAUAGGGGAAAGCAAGCCGAGAGGCUUAUGUUGGAGGCUGCUAACCCUACACCAACAAUUCCUGUAUAUUUACAUUUAAAGUUAAGCGAGCUUGGCAAAUUUUGUGGGGCCGAGACUGCAAUUGUCGUAUUCUCUCCAACUGGAAAGCCAUACUCAUUUGGCCAUCCAGAUGUUGAGAUGAUUGUAGACCGCUACCUGGUGAAUUCUCAUUUUGUGGAAUUUCAUCCUAAUGCCAACACCGAAGCACUCACAAGGCAACUAGCUGACAUGCUUGGUCAUCUGAAAGUUUAG